GUGUUAUAAACAGCAACCCACUGCCUCCCCCGUUAGAGCAUUUUUGUGCACUGUGCACAUCCCUGAUUGCCUCUCUCUGAGUCCGGGCCACAGUAGGGGUAGCAGGCUGGGAGUGCGUCCUCCUCCUCGGUGCAGUCCGCUCGUGUCGUCCCGCCGCUCCGCUGCGCAGACAUGGCACCUGUCCUCCAAAUGUGUGCUGUCAUCCUGGCAUCAGCUCUGCUGCAAACUGCGACAUCGUCAAACCUCAAUGACACUAUUUUUGCAGUGACGGUGAGCUCCCGUAUGACAUCAGGAAAGCAGGAGACUCUAUGCACCCAGAUCCACAGCCCCACGGAUCCGAUCUUUCUGAACAUCACCCUCAGUACAGAAUCUGCCGACAGUGUCCUCGUAGAGGAGUCUGUCAAGGAGGACUUCUACCGCUGCUUCAGCUUCCAGGUCCCUACAGUGCCCCGGAGAACUGUGUCAACCAUUCAUGUCACGCUUCAGGAUGACACCUCCUCACUGAGCAAGAAGACCAAAGUCCUCAUCGAGCCUCCUGCCUUCAUUCACGUCGUCCAGACUGACAAACCCAUCUACAAACCUGGGCAGACUGUCAAAUUUCGGAUUGUCUCCCUCGAUGCCAAUUUCAUCCCCGUUAGCCGAGUGUACAAAGAAGUGGCGCUCCAGGAUCCCAAUUCAAAUCGCAUCGCCCAGUGGUUGGACAAGGCCAUUGUCAGCGGCAUUCUCGAUCUUUCACACCCCAUGAUUCCUGAGGCGGUGCAAGGAACCUACACCAUCACCGUCUUGACAGACAAAGGAGAGCAAAUAUCUCACAGCUUUGACAUCAAGGAAUACGUUUUGCCAAAGUUUGAAGUAAAAGUUCAGCUGCCCAGUGUGAUAACCAUCCUGGAUCAGGACGCACCGCUAAGGAUUUGUGGAAAAUACACCUACGGGAAACCAGUUAUUGGCUCAGUCAAGGCAGAGUUUUGUAGAAACGCCAUUCGGUACUGGUAUUCAAAUCUCAAAGAAAAUGACCUCUGCGAGACUUACCAAUUGACUACGGACAAAAGUGGAUGCGCCACACACACUGUGAACCUGAAAGCAUUUGCCCUUGACAAGAACAUGUACGCUGACAGUUUUGAGUUGUCUGCAGAAAUGGAGGAGUAUGGGACAGGGGUCAUCCUUAAAGGCAGUGGGAGGAGCAGCUUCAGCAGCCACAUCCGAACGGUCACCUUUGAGGAUGUACCUGCAGCAUACAAGCCUGGCAUCACGUUUGAGGGAAAGAUCAAAGUUGUCGGUCCAGACAGCAAACCGGUCUCCAAUGAGCUGGUGUACCUGUCUGCCGGUGACACAGAGAAAUUCACGUUGACCACAGAUGCGAAAGGUGUGGCUGUGUUCUCUCUGGACACCUCCCUCUGGAAGGACACUCUGUACCUGGUGGCGAGUUCUAAAAAUACGACGGAUCAUGAUCCCUAUGUGCACAAUCUGCGGAGGCCAGAAUACAGGUCGGCCCGCCACCAAGUCACACCGUUCUACUCUAAGAGCAAUAGCUUUUUGAAGAUCAUGCAGGGCAACGAGAAGCUCCCCUGUGACAAAGAUGCAACUGUGCGUGCUCAGUACAUCAUCCAGGGGGAGGAGCUGAAGAAGGAUCAGGAGGUCCUCGACUUCUUUUACCUGGUGCUGUCCAGAGGAGCAAUUGUGCAACACGGUCGUGUCCCAGUGACUGUAAAAGCUGGAAUCGUCAACAAAGGAGAGUUGUCUAUCCCGCUCGGUCAGGUGACAGAUCUGGCACCAUUUGCCCAGGUGGUGGUGUACACUGUGAUGCCCUUUGGAGAGGCUGUGGCUGAUAGCCUGGACUUUCCCAUUCAGCUCUGCCUUAAUAACAAGGUGUCUUUGAAGUUCCCGUCUCUCCAGCAGCUUCCAGCGGAGAAGACCACACUGAGUCUCCAGGCUCACCCAGGCUCCGUGUGCUCCGUCAGAGCCAUCGACCAGAGUGUCCUCCUGCUGCAGACUGAGCAGGAACUCAGUGUUGACUAUAUGUACAGCCAGCUGCCUGUUCAGAAGCUGUCGGGAUACUCCUACGAGGUGGACGACUUCGAGCCGUAUCCCUGCUUCCCCGUGCUCGAGGAUCAGCCGCCUCGUCGAGGAAGACGCUCUUCGGUCUUCUUCGGAAAUAACGAUGAGAAAAAUGAUGUCUACAGCAUCUUUAAAGAAAUUGGAGUCAAAAUUAUGACGAACUCUGAUGUGAAAAAACCUUACGACUGCCGUGAAAAGUUCUUAGAUUACAUCUUAUAUGAUUCUGAUAAUGUAGACUCUCCUGUUCCCAUGGCCUUCAACAUGAUGCCACAGAACUCUGGCGGUGUACUGAGAGAGAAAGAAGAAGAGAAAAAGAAGACUGUCAGAACAUUCUUCCCUGAAACCUGGAUCUGGGACCUAGUUACUGUGGGAGACACUGGGGCAGCGAAUGUGGAGAAGACAGUCCCUGACACCAUCACCAAGUGGGCAGCCGGAGCGUUCUGCGUCUCCUCCGUCGGCUUCGGCGUGUCGCCCAACACAGGACUUACUGUGUUCCAGCCGUUCUUUGUCAGUCUCACCUUGCCCUACUCUGUCAUCCGAGGGGAGGUGUUCACUCUCAAAGCCACGGUCUUCAAUUAUCUCUCCAAAUGCAUUAUGGUGGAGGUAACGUUGGCCGAUUCUGACCAGUACACCUUCAGAAACUGUGACGGCUGCCACUACAACAUUUGUCUGUGCGCCGAAGAGAGCCGGACCUUCUCCUGGAUUGUAACUCCAACCGCCCUCGGUAAGCUGAAUCUGAAGGUCAGCGCUGAGGCCCUGAAGACUGACACGCUGUGUGGCAAUGAGGUGGCCACCGUCCCCGACACGGGCCGAGUCGACACCGUGAUCCGCACUCUGCUGGUGGAGGCUGAAGGAACACCGCAAAUGGUCAGCCACAACGCCCUCCUCUGCCCUUCAGACGGGCCUGUGGAGAAGAAAAUCUCUCUCCUGAUGCCUGAACUGUUUGUGGCUGGAUCAGCCAGAGCGUCUGUCUCUGUUGUGGGUGACCUGAUGGGCCGAGCCAUGAAGAACCUGGACAAGCUGCUGGCAAUGCCGUACGGCUGUGGAGAGCAAAACAUGUUGCUGUUUGCUCCCAACAUCUUCAUCCUCAACUACCUGAAAAGCACCGGUCAGCUGACUCAGAAGAUCCUGGACAAGGCGACACAUUUCCUGGAGAGCGGGUAUCAGAGGGAACUCACCUACAAGCACGACGAUGGUUCCUACAGCGCCUUUGGAAAGCGUGACGAGUCCGGAAACACCUGGCUGACCGCUUUUGUGAUGAAGUCCUUCGGCGGUGCGAGACCAUACAUCUAUGUGCAGCCCCAGCACAUUAAAGAUGCCAGGAGGUGGCUGUCCAAACACCAGCGGCCCGACGGUUGCAUCAGAUCUGUUGGAAGACUUCUCCACAAUGGCAUGAAGGGAGGAGUGAGCGACGACGUGUCCCUGACGGCUUACAUCACCGCCGCCCUGCUGGAGCUGGACUCUGACACCACGGACCCCAUGGUACAGAACUGCCUGAAUUGUCUUCGGGGAGCGAUUUCCAGCCAGCUGGACAACGUGUACACCACCGCCCUGCUGUCCUACACCUUCAGUCUGGCUGGAGACCUGGACAUGAAGAGCAAACUCAUCAACAUUCUGCACCAGAAGUCCAACACAGAGGGAGGCACCCGUCACUGGGAGAGAGCAGAGGCUUCCAAGAAAGUCCUGGACUCUCUGGAGGUGGAGAUGACUUCCUACGUGCUGCUGGCUCUGCUCACCGGUCCCGCCAUGCCAGACUUCGGUUUGGAUUACGCCACUAGUAUCGUCCGCUGGCUCACUCAGCAGCAGAACCCGUACGGUGGUUUCGCUUCCACACAGGACACCGUGGUGGCCCUCCAGGCGCUGGCCAAGUACGGCGCUGCCACCUACAGUCCGGAGGGCAGCACCACAGUGACGGUGACGUCUCUGGGAGGCCUGAACAAAGAGUUCAUAGUGGAUCAAAGCAACAGGCUGCUGUAUCAGGAGGAGAAGCUGAGCGAGGUGCCCGGAGAGUACACAAUCAAAGCCCAGGGACAGAGCUGUGUGCUGGCACAGAUCUCCAUGCAUUACAACAUCCCCCCUCCAGCCGACUUCUCUGCCUUCAACGUCUCCACCAACACCAUGGCCAAAUGUAACAUCAGCAGGCCGCAGCUCAUCCUCUUUGUGCACGUCAGAUACCAGGGGAGGAGAGAGGAAACCAACAUGGUCAUCAUCAACAUCAAACUGCUGUCUGGAUACAUUCUGGAUAAGAGCUCCCUCGCACUGCUGCAGAGCGACCGCUCCGUGAAGCGCGUGGACAUGGACGAAGGAUACAUCAACAUCUACUUAGACGGGGUACGAAACUGUUUGUGUGUGCGUGAUGAUAGAUUUGUAAAAUAAUGCUCAUAACCAGCAGCUGAUGUGUUAACAAAUGCAUUUACACUUCAUCAUUCUGAGCACACGGCCCUGCUGUACUGUGUGCUUUUAGUUCAGGACCCAGACAUUGAUAUGAUCAGUGUGUCAGUCUACAGGUCUGAAACACCUUUGAUUUCAGGCUUCUGUAAAACACUUUAAACUCC